CCCACCACAGCAGAAGCAGCCCGGAAGAGACGCUGCAAACAACAAAGGACUGGAGAGCUGGGAAAGCCAAGCCUGGCUUCCUUUCUAUUCCCCCCUCUCUCUUAGCAGCAAAUGGCCUUUGCUUCGUGACUUAAAAUGAGAGGAAGACGGCCUUCAGCCCAGGUGGAAAAGGAUAUGGAGUCCCGAUCGAAGAUGGAGGAGGCAAACAAGACAUGGGGCAGAAGAAGUGCUGAAUUCUGGGGGAAACCAAGGGAAGACAUCCUAGAUGGAGCAGACCUUCAGUCCCAGCGCUUGCGGUGGUUCCACUUCCAGGAGGCCGAUGGGCCCCGAGAGUUGUGCAGCCAACUCCACAAACUCUGCUGCCAGUGGCUGAAGCCAGAGAAGCACACAAAAGCCCAGAUGGUGGACCUGGUCCUCCUGGAGCAGUUCCUGGCCGUCCUUCCUCCAGAGAUGGAGAGUUGGGUCCGGGAAUGUGGGCCGGAGACCAGUUCCCAGGCGGUGGCUUUGGCCGAAGGCUUCCUUCUGAGCCAGACGGAGGAGAAGCAGCAGAAGAAGCAGCAGGAGAGUGAUGUCCUUCAGGCCCAGAAGGUCCCACUGGACACCAGUCAGAGGUCCCCUUCCAGGUGGAUCCAACUGGAGGGCAAUGGUAAGAAGAAACCUUUAGUUCUCAAGGAUCCCCCAAAUAUAAGAUCUGCUGUUAUGUCCCCACCAAUAUGCAUCUAUAGCAGGCAUGGGCCAACUUGGGCCCUCCAUGUCAGGACCUUAUUUACUGGUUUUGUGUGA